GGGCGUGUGUGUGUGUGUGUGUUCUCUCUCUCUGUCAGUCAGUAUUUAGCGUCUGCUGGGAUCACUGAGCAGGAGUCGAGCAGGUGCUUGUGGGAUCAUGGCCUCCAAACUGAGUGUGCUGCUGCUGUCACUGGCCGUUGCCUCGGUAACGGUGCUGGCCCAGAAGCGGCGUCCGGCGUCGACCAAGACCGACGAGUGGAACUAUAAGGACGGCUCUGAGCGGGUGAGCAUGCGCGGCGUGGCUAAUUUGACGCAGGUCCUGGACAACUGGAGGUUUGACAUCCUGACCCAGAUGAGAGGACUCCUGCAGAACGACCACCAGUCUCUGCUGCCCGACUAUGCCCGGAUCCAGCCGCUGGCCGAGGCGUUGGACGACCUCUACAAAGAGUUCAACGCCCUGAAGGCUCACCUGGGCGACCUGACCGAGAAGUUCAGCGCCAUCGAGACGUUCAUUGAUGAGGUCAAGGCCGGCCGUGCCACCAGUGCCAACGCGGCCCCGGCCGCCGGCCCGGCUCUGGCCGCGGUCCCCAGGCAGAACACGAGGAGGGUGAUGAGGAAGAAGACCACCACCAGCACCGCCAGCGCCACCUCCUAACAAGCCCAUAACAAACAUCUGCUCUUCUCUAGCUCCGCUCUUGUCUGAAAUGAUUCUCCUUUGAAAUCUUUAGCUUUAUGUUUGUUGAGGUCAAAAAUCAGAGCGUGGGAUUAUAUUUGGAAACCAGAUCUUACAUCUACGACGUCUUCAGAACACGUUCCACAAAGUCUGUCUCACAGUGAGAUAAAGACGUGAAAAUGUUCAGAACAAGCAUAUAUUUGAUUAGGUGAGUCUUUUGUUCGGUGCCUGCAGUGUUCCAGGCUGGUUGCAGGUGCAGGGAGCCAGCAGGGGGCGCACAUGGCAAAGUGUCUCAUGUGUCCUGACCAAUCCAACACCAGAGGGUGCUGUUGUUUUUUUCCCCCAUUGCAUUGAAGCCACCACCAUGACAUCACAUCAGAGAACCACCCCCAAAAAUCUGUUUCCUGUACGGACACCAGGCUCUGACCUCUGACCUCUGCCUUAUAUCCCUCAUGUGUGCUGGUUUGCAUGAAUCAGCUGAGAUGUUUGUUACGCUUCAAAUAAAUUCACCUUUUGCAUCCA